ACUUCCGCCGGAAGCCUCCCCUCUGGGUUGUUGUGGUCCGGCGUUGGCGUUAGCCGACCGAGUUCGGAGUGAGGGUUUGGAGGGGGCGGGAGCCCAGCUUCCACCCGGGCCGCGAGAUGGAUGUGUUGAAGUCGGAGAUCCUCCGGAAGCGGCAGCUGGUGGAGGACCGGAACCUGUUGGUGGAAAAUAAAAAAUAUUUCAAGCGUAGUGAACUUGCCAAAAAAGAGGAGGAAGCAUACUUUGAAAGAUGUGGCUACAAGCCUAUAAAUGAGAAGCCACCUGGAGAGAUACAGCCAAAAGAGGAAGAACAAAAACCCUUAACAUCAUCAAAUCCAGUAUUAGAACUUGAACUGGCAGAGGAGAAAUUGCCCAUGACUCUUUCUAGGCAAGAGGUUAUCAGAAGAUUGAGAGAAAGAGGAGAACCAAUCAGGCUGUUCGGAGAGACUGAUUAUGAUACUUUUCAGCGUUUGAGAAAAAUCGAGAUCCUCACACCAGAAGUUAACAAGGGAUUGAGGAAUGAUCUGAAAGCAGCUUUGGAUAAGAUUGAUCAGCAGUACUUGAAUGAGCUUGUGGGUGGCCAGGAGCCAGGUGAGGAAGACACACAGAAUGAUUUGAAAGUUCAUGAAGAAAACACCACAAUCGAAGAAUUAGAGAUGCUGGGAGAGUCUUUAGGAAGAGGUGACGAUCAUAAAGACAUGGACAUCAUCACCAAGUUUCUUAAGUUUCUUCUUGGUGUUUGGGCAAAAGAAUUGAAUGCCAGAGAAGAUUAUGUGAAGCGCAGUGUUCAGGGUAAACUCAACAGUGCUACCCAGAAGCAGACUGAGUCCUAUCUCAGACCCCUUUUCAGAAAACUCCGCAAAAGGAAUCUCCCUGCUGAUAUUAAAGAAUCAAUAACAGAUAUUAUCAAGUUCAUGUUGCAGAGGGAAUAUGUGAAGGCAAAUGAUGCUUAUCUCCAGAUGGCCAUUGGCAAUGCCCCCUGGCCCAUUGGUGUCACUAUGGUUGGGAUCCAUGCCAGAACUGGUAGAGAAAAGAUUUUUUCCAAGCAUGUUGCACAUGUUUUAAAUGAUGAGACACAACGGAAAUAUAUUCAGGGAUUGAAGAGGCUCAUGACCAUUUGCCAGAAACAUUUUCCUACGGAUCCAUCAAAAUGUGUGGAGUACAAUGCACUCUGAGAUCUACAGCCUGUGUGUAAAUAACAAUAACAAACUCCUGGGAGCUGGAUAUGCACCUUUGGAGUUAGCAGUAGGCAUGAGGCAAGAAGAAAAUGGAAUUUUUAAUCUGAGUUCUACUAAUGCAGCUCUUGGUUUAAGAACUGUGCUGGCUCUCACAUCACCUCUGACUACAAACUGGUUUUUGUGUCUUGGUCUUAUUUUAAACCAUUGAAAAAUUAAUAAUUCCCUGUAAUUUAAAUGUGUAGACAAGGGUCACAGGAGAGAAAUUCAGAUGACUUCCCCUUUAAAUCUGAAAGUUGGAAGUGAUUACAUGCUUCAAAAGAAGCAUUUCAGGAUGGAUUUAUUUCCGUAAAGUGUGGUAAUUCUCACAUUGCCUUUUAUGUAGUAUUUAUAGAACAUAUUUUUAUAAAUCAACAAAAGUAUGGUACCAUUUAAUGGAACUUUAUGUCUUUAAAUGUUGCUGAACUUUUGCCGUCUUGCAAUACAAUUCGGAUGUAUAUGUUUUUACUGCUAACAAGUGUUUUUCUUGCAUUUCAAA